AUGUGGAAGGGUUUUUCAUCAUCAUCAUCAUCAUCAUCAUCAUCAUCAUCAUCAUCAUCAUCAUCAUCAUCAUCAUCAUCAUCAUCAUCAUCAUCAUCAUCAUCAUCAUCAUCAUCAUCAUCAUCAUCAUCAUCAUCAUCAUCAUCAUCAUCAUCAUCAUCAUCAUCAUCAUCAUCAUCAUCAUCAUCAUCAUCAUCAUCAUCAUCAUCAUCAUCAUCAUCAUCAUCAUCAUCAUCAUCAUCAUCAUCAUCAUCAUCAUCAUCAUCAUCAUCAUCAUCAUCAUCAUCAUCAUCAUCAUCAUCAUCAUCAUAUCAUCAUCAUCAUCAUCAUCAUCAUCAUCAUCAUCAUCAUCAUCAUCAUCAUCAUCAUCAUCAUCAUCAUCAUCAUCAUCAUCAUCAUCAUCAUCAUCAUCAUCAUCAUCAUCAUCAUCAUCAUCAUCAUCAUCAUCAUCAUCAUCAUCAUCAUCAUCAUCAUCAUCAUCAUCAUCAUCAUCAUCAUCAUCAUCAUCAUCAUCAUCAUCAUCAUCAUCAUCAUCAUCAUCAUCAUCAUCAUCAUCAUCAUCAUCAUCAUCAUCAUCAUCAUCAUCAUCAUCAUCAUCAUCAUCAUCAUCAUCAUCAUCAUCAUCAUCAUCAUCAUCAUCAUCAUCAUCAUCAUCAUCAUCAUCAUCAUCAUCAUCAUCAUCAUCAUCAUCAUCAUCAUCAUCAUCAUCAUCAUCAUCAUCAUCAUCAUCAUCAUCAUCAUCAUCAUCAUCAUCAUCAUCAUCAUCAUCAUCAUCAUCUCAUCAUCAUCAUCAUCAUCAUAUCAUCAUCAUCAUCAUCAUCAUCAUCAUCAUCAUCAUCAUCAUCAUCAUCAUCAUCAUCAUCAUCAUCAUCAUCAUCAUCAUCAUCAUCAUCAUCAUCAUCAUCAUCAUCAUCAUCAUCAUCAUCAUCAUCAUCAUCAUCAUCAUCAUCAUCAUCAUCAUCAUCAUCAUCAUCAUCAUCAUCAUCAUCAUCAUCAUCAUCAUCAUCAUCAUCAUCAUCAUCAUCAUCAUCAUCAUCAUCAUCAUCAUCAUCAUCAUCAUCAUCAUCAUCAUCAUCAUCAUCAUCAUCAUCAUCAUCAUCAUCAUCAUCAUCAUCAUCAUCAUCAUCAUCAUCAUCAUCAUCAUCAUCAUCAUCAUCAUCAUCAUCAUCAUCAUCAUCAUCAUCAUCAUCAUCAUCAUCAUCAUCAUCAUCAUCAUCAUCAUCAUCAUCAUCAUCAUCAUCAUCAUCAUCAUCAUCAUCAUCAUCAUCAUCAUCAUCAUCAUCAUCAUGUUAA